CUCCUGCUGCUCUCCUGCUGCUCCAACUCACUCAGUCAGUGUGCGCAGGCCAGCAGCAAGGCACCACGUCCCGGAGCAACAGAUUCUUUUAUUUCCCAUAACUGUGAUUGUGCAACGUGUGUAGCCGAAGCCAGUUUUCUCAGUGAGCAUGAACCUCAGUCUUCCCGACCAGAACAUGCACAGCUCCGGUGAAGGCUGCCUGGAGGACGACAAACCUGAUGUCAUGCUGCCUUGCUUCCGCAGAAACAUGUACGACGAGCCUCUGGCCUCGUACUCCAGCGGAUCCAUCAUCUCCCAGCUCCUCCGCAAGACAAUCCACAACAAGAGGGCACUGGAUGAAAGCCACUUCUACCUUUCCAGCUCCACCGCCGCUGAUUCCGGCCAGGAAGACCAGUGCAGCGUCUCCUCGAAGGACAGCAUGGUGGAGGCUGCCUCGCCCGGCGCUCACGUUCCUACGGGACCCAGCCUGGAGGGGGAGCAUCCCAUGACCGACCACCUGCAGGCCAAGAGGGCCAGGGUGGAGAACAUCAUCCGGGUGAUGGCGGGCUCUCCCAACAGCAGGCAGCAUGGAGACAGCGAAAGGGCCGACGCAGACGCCAGAGACACCAGAGAGGCCAGAGAAGCAUACAGGGAGAACAAACGUAAGCAGCGGCUGCCACAGCAUCAGGAGCACAGCGUAGGAGGACCGGCAAACAGAAGACCUGGGAGCAGCAGUAGUGAUAACACCAAGGAUGAGGAGUGUCACAAGCUGAAGGAGCAGCUCCACAGCAUGCAGAGGCUCCUGCGUCAGCUCCAGGAGAAGUUCCUUCAAGUUUACAACCAGGAAGACCCUGAACACAACGACAGAGAUGAGACAGAAGAGCAUGGCAACCUGGGAGAAAGCACAGAGUCACACUACGUAAGCACUGAAGAUGCUUUUGAAAGGAAGAACAACAGAGUGACUGGAGAGUGUAAAGACCGAAUGAAAGUUGGUUAUCCGGUGCACCAGAGAGAAAGCCAGAACCUGCAGGACGCCCUGAAGCAGGAGCUCUCCAGGGCUGUGAAUGACUGUGUGGACCGGGUGUUCAAGAAGGUGUCCCCCGCAGGACAGGACCUGUCCCCUCAGCAGCGCAUGUGCUCAUCUCCAGAGAUCAGCGUGGGCGCAGACAGGAAGAGCCAGCAGGCCGGUUCCACCCAGGAGCAGCCCCAGGCCGAGGAGGCUGCGGUGAAACCCCGCUCUUUAGAGUAUUACGAAAGCUCCGAGGCUCAAAGCCCACAGGACCAGACGGAGGCGCUGUCACUGGUGGUCCGUAAGCCAGCGGUGAACCCUCUGGGCUCAGUCACCCCGACGGUGAAGAGGCCCUACCCAGUGCACCAGACACCAUUUCAGUUCAAUUACAGCACCCCUCUGCACGACAGCCAGAUCCUAGAGCAUCUCCUCAAGUACGGGCCCCAUUCCAACUUCGGGGGUCUCCCUUGCAUGCCCCCAUCAAUGGACAGGACCUCCCCAGACUCGGUGGACCUGCCCUGGGACGCCAUCGCCAUGAGGUCAAAGGUGACGGCCAGCCACCUCGGCCAUCACGCUCGUGCCUCCGCCCUGGGGGCAGUGACGGUCGACAGUCUGUGUCUCCCUCAUGUCAAGAUCGAGUGCGGUGACCUGCAGAGCAUGGCGGAGCGAAACCCCUACAUGUCACUCAAUAUCCAGGAGGGUCUCACCCCGAGCCAUCUGAAGAAGGCGAAGCUGAUGUUCUUCUACACCCGCUACCCCAGCUCCAAUGUGCUGAAAACCUUCUUCCCUGAUGUCAAGUUCAACCGCUGCAUCACCUCUCAGCUGAUCAAGUGGUUCAGCAACUUCAGGGAGUUCUACUACAUCCAGAUGGAGAAGUUUGCCCGCCAAUCCAUCGUUGACGGCAUCAGCGACAUCAAAGACAUGACAGUUAGCAGGGACUCGGAGCUGUUCCGGGCUCUGAACAUGCACUACAAUAAAGCCAACGACUUCCACGUCCCAGACAGGUUCCUGGAGGUUUCUGAGAUCACCUUGCAUGAGUUUUACAGCGCCAUCUCUGCAGCCAAAGAUUCAGACCCCUCGUGGAAAAAGGCCAUAUACAAGGUGAUCUGUAAACUGGACAGCGACGUGCCGGAUGAGUUCAAGACAUCUUCCUAUUUAUAGGCUGAAUUAUAACAGUGGAGGAACUGGAGUUAGUUACCUAGGACAGUAUUAUUUCAUCCUUUCUUGUAGUGCAUUUUAGUGAGGUGAAAUGUAGGAUACAUGUUGGAUAAUUCAUCAUUUUGUAGAGCUGUAAAAACACACAUACAUCAUUUGAAAUAUUAAUAAGCUAUAGUCUAAAAUGCUGUAUGUUCUACUUUUAAAAAAAAGCAAUUCCUCAUAAAGAUGAAUGCUCUUGUGGUUUAUUCUAUUGUUUAGUGUUUACUUGUAUAAUCUGCCUCAACACAUUUAGAGUUUGUAGGUGUGUAAAAAUGUUUACAAAGUGUAAUCAUAUUAUGAAACCAUAGUGUAGCCUGAUUUAGCUGACCUUGAAGAGUUUCUUUUUGGCAAUUACCGUCAGUAUUAGUUUGCUUUUGAUUCCAUUUCAUUUGUGUGUUGUGUGUAAAUGUACCUGCGCUGCUGUUGUUGCAUAAUGUUCGAUAAUAAUUAUGUUGUAAACUUCUAGCUUGACAGAUUGUGCAUGUGGAAAUAAUGCAAGUGACUGUUGUGUAUAAAAAGGUUGUGUAAAGUACAAUCAUUUUCAGAUAUUUCAUUCACAGACAUUGUACUGGAUGAUUAUUGAAAUUAAAG